AUCACCAGCGGGUUCGGGAGCGGCCAACUACGGCGACGUGUACAAGGCUAGAAAUCUUCAUACAGGAGAACUGGCUGCUGUAAAAAUAAUCAAGUUAGAGCCUGGGGAUGACUUUUCACUGAUACAGCAAGAAAUAUAUAUGGUCAAGGAAUGCAAACAUUGCAACAUAGUCGCCUAUUUCGGGAGCUAUCUCAGCCGUGAGAAGCUGUGGAUAUGCAUGGAAUACUGCGGUGGGGGAUCCCUCCAGGAUAUUUACCACGUGACAGGACCUCUGUCAGAGUUACAAAUUGCAUAUGUGUGCAGAGAAACUUUACAGGGUCUUGCUUAUUUGCAUAUGAAGGGCAAAAUGCACAGAGACAUAAAGGGUGCAAAUAUUCUCCUGACAGACCAUGGGGAUGUCAAAUUAGCUGACUUUGGGGUAGCAGCAAAAAUAACAGCCACCAUUGCGAAGAGGAAAUCCUUUAUUGGCACCCCUUACUGGAUGGCCCCCGAGGUGGCAGCAGUGGAGAAGAACGGGGGGUACAACCAGCUGUGCGACAUCUGGGCCGUGGGGAUCACGGCCAUCGAGCUGGCAGAGCUCCAGCCACCCAUGUUCGACCUCCACCCCAUGAGGGCUCUGUUUCUAAUGUCAAAAAGUAAUUUUCAGCCGCCAAAGCUAAAGGAAAAAGCAAAAUGGUCAGCAACAUUCCAUAAUUUUGUCAAAAUAGCACUUACAAAAAAUCCAAAGAAGAGGCCAACAGCAGACAGACUCCUCUCUCAUAGCUUUGUGGGGCAGCCUGGUCUGUCAAGGUCUUUGGCAGUUGAGCUGCUGGACAAAGUCAACAACCCCGACAACCACACGCACUACAGCGAAGUCGACGAUGAUGAUUUUGAGCCUCACUCCGUCAUCCGCCACACCAUCCGCUCCACCAACAGGAACAUCAGGGCAGAGAGAACAGCCUCAGAGAUAAACUUUGAUAAGCUGCAAUUUGAGCCCCCUCUUCGGAAAGAAACGGAAGCUCGGGAUGAAAUGGUUGUGGCAGCUGGCAGUGACUUUGCUUCACACUGGAAUCCUUUUGUUGAUGGUGGAAGCAACAAGGGACUGCUCACAAAAUUUGGCGAUGGGAGUGAAGAUGUUGAAGAGUCGACCCUAAAGCGAGCGGGGCCACCUCCGCUGCCUCCCAAGCCGAGAAUAAACAGUUAUCCCGAGGAAAACCUCCCAGAUGAUGAGAGAUGCCAGACAAUAAAACAUUUCCCAGACUCACAGAACAGAGCCCCACCAGCCCACAGGAGACAGAGUAUCCCAGUUUGUGGGCCUCAGGCUGAUUCCAGCCCCAUUGGAAUGACCAGCAGCAUCAGCAGCCCUGGAUUGCUCACAGCCAGAUACAGCGACCUGGGCAAUGGGAAUGGGAUGCUGAAACUCAUCGAGGAAAACGUGGAAGGGUCCGGACAAAUCCCUCAGCUCCCACGGAAAAAGGAGAAAAGAGAUUUCCCUAAACCAGCCAUCAAUGGUUUGCCUCCGACUCCGAAGGUGCUGAUGGGAGCAUGUUUUUCCAAAGUCUUUGAUGGUUGUCCUUUGAAGAUCAACUGUGCAACAUCGUGGAUACAUCCAGAUACUAAAGACCAGUACAUCAUCUUUGGCACAGAAGAAGGGAUCUAUACUUUGAAUUUGAAUGAACUUCACGAGGCAACAAUGGAACAGUUAUUUCCCCGAAAAUGCACCUGGCUGUAUGUUAUCAACAACACCUUGAUGUCCUUGUCAGAAGGGAAAACGUUCCAACUCUACUCCCAUAAUUUAAUAGCUUUGUUUGAACAAGCCAAAAAAACAGGAUUAGCUGCUCAUAUUCAAACCCACAGAUUUCCUGACAAAAUAUUACCAAGGAAAUUUGCCUUAACGACCAAGAUCCCUGACACAAAAGGAUGCCACAAAUGCUGUAUAGUACGAAAUCCAUACACAGGCCAUAAGUACCUCUGUGGUGCGUUGCAGUCUGGAAUUGUUCUACUCCAGUGGUAUGAGCCAAUGCAGAAAUUCAUGUUAAUAAAGCACUUUGAUUUCCCCCUGCCAAGCCCCCUGAAUGUGUUUGAGAUGCUGGUGAUCCCUGAGCAGGAGUACCCCAUGGUGUGUGUGGCCAUCAGCAAGGGCUCGGAGCCAAACCAGGUCGUGCAGUUUGAGACAAUCAACCUGAACUCGGCGUCCUCGUGGUUCACAGAGAUCGGGGCAGGCAAUCAGCAGUUGGAUGCCAUUCACGUGACACAGCUGGAAAGGGACACUGUCCUGGUCUGCCUGGACAAAUUUGUGAAAAUAGUGAAUUUACAAGGGAAACUGAAGUCAAGCAAGAAAUUGGCCUCUGAGCUGAGCUUUGAUUUCUGCAUUGAGUCAGUGGUGUGCCUUCAGGACAGCGUGCUGGCCUUCUGGAAACAUGGAAUGCAGGGCAAGAGCUUUAAGUCAGAUGAAGUGACCCAGGAGAUAUCCGAUGAAACCAGGGUUUUCCGCUUGCUGGGGUCAGACAGAGUGGUUGUGUUGGAGAGCAGGCCCACGGAGAACCCUCAGGCUCACAGCAACCUCUACAUCCUGGCUGGACACGAAAACAGUUACUGAACAACGCCCACCCAACACAAAUAACGGAGGGAACUUGCCUCAGGAGGAACAAAGGAGCGUUAGGAAACUGGAACUUGCCGUUUCUUUCCUUGACACCGAAGCUGUGCUGGUUUUUAGGGUGGGAAUCAAUCCAUUUUUGCAGCUGGGAACAGCUGGUUCUGUCUCUUGCCACUGUGUGGUUGGUUAUAUGGAGUUUGCUUAAUAAAAGCUGAGAUAAAGAGCCCUUUACUCGUUAGUUGUAGGGAAACAGAGCCUUGAAACAUGUUAUGCAGUAAAGGUGCCAUAAACUGUUAAAUAUUUUUCUUCCCUUGGAUUUUCCUGUUAGUCUGUAGAUAUAGAUCUAGUGCUGGCUGUUGCCCUGUUUUAUACUGAGUCUUAUUCUUAAUAAAACAAAGAUUUGUGUAGGAA